AUGUCUACUCCUGCGCCUUCGCUCACGUCGACGCUUAAUCUGGCGCUCACGCAGAGCGAAACCCUUCAGCGGCAACUCGAAGACAGCAAUAAAACUAUUGAACGUCUCAAACGCGAAAACGAGAAGCUCAAGCACGAGGUCCAGGAAUUGCGUCAGGCACAUACACAGAAGCAACAGGAAGCUCCAAAGCUUGCGGCCCAGUUGGACCAACUAUUCCGGAAAGACGCAGAGAAACAAGCAGAGAUCGACAACUUGAAGAAUCAGCUCCGCAAGGAAAGAAGACGCUCACAGAAUCCACAUCUUUCGUCUCCCAGUGUGUCGUGCGAGGAACAAACCCCCGGCAAUUCCAGUCGAAAGCGACAAAGAGCCAACAGUACCGAGAAAAUAGAACCACUGCAAGAAAUCGGAACCAAUGUGCCUUCAGGAAGUCGCGCCUCCCGAACUUGCAAAUCUAAAGGAUUGCACGAGCGAGGAGCGGAAGCGAUCUCGUCUCUCACGGAAGAUGGCAUUGAUCACAAUCGAGACGAUCUAGAAAAUCCACCAGAGAAGCGUACUCAUACAACCGGCUCUCCCAGCAAACGCUUGGGGACAUUACUAGCAACAUCCACGCCUACUACAAUUGUACCUCCUCGGCUCACUUCCGCCAGGAAAGUCCCUGUUACAAACAAAGCAGCAGAGAAGAGUGGGCCACUCCGUUCCCGGCCUGUCCUUCAGCUUGAUCUCUCCCACUUCAAAGUCAAUCCAAAAUACACAGAGGGUCUUGAUUAUGCAUUCCAAGACGUUGUCCGUAACAAGGAAGCGAGGAAGUGCCUACCGAACUGUAUGCGGCCGGAAUGUUGUGGCACCAAGUUCAGAGUUUUGGCAGAGACGCUGCCCCGUGACCCUAACGUCUCCGAAGACGAUCUAUUGCGUGAAUUUCUUGGGCCCGGGUCAGCGGACAAAAUACGUUCUUUGACGCCUCUAGCAAGAGCAAAUCUAGUGCAUGAGGCUCGAGCCAAUUUACUUGCCAAGGAGUAUGGAAGAAUGCACAGGGCAAAUUUUGCGCUCCCAACUACGCCUCCGGGAUUUUGGGACGUGGACAUUCCAUCCACGCAGGAGCAAAAGGAGAAUCAGGAGCAAGCACGGGAGAGGCAGAGGGAUGAGGUCGAGAAGCGGUAUCAAGAGGCGGUCAAGGGUGGACGCUGGCUGUUUGCAGAUGAGUGA